CUCUUCCAGGCUGCUGAAUCCGGAAUAAUAAAAGUGAAAACAAUAGCUGCACAGAACACUGAUAUUUUGGCAGCAUUGAAAGAGAACAGCUCUGAGGUAGUUCAGCCUUUUCUGAUGGGUUGUGGAACAAAGGAACCAAAGAUUACUCAGUUGUGUCUAGCAGCUAUACAGAGGCUUAUGUCCCAUGAAGUUGUUUCAGAGGCUGCAGCAGGAAACAUUAUUAAUAUGCUUUGGCAACUGAUGGAGAAUAGUCUUGAAGAACUUAAAUUGCUCCAGACAGUUCUUGUACUUUUAACAACCAACACAGUUGUGCAUGAUGAAGCACUGUCCAAGGCGAUUGUACUUUGUUUCCGCUUGCACUUCACAAAGGACAAUAUCACAAAUAACACCGCGGCAGCCACGGUGCGGCAGGUGGUCACUGUUGUGUUCGAGAGAGUCGUCGCUGAGGAUGAGAGAUACAAAGAUAAUAUCGACCAGCCAGUUGCAGUUCAAGGAAAUAGUAACAGAAGAUCUGUCAGCACACUGAAGCCAUGUGCUAAGGAUGCAUACAUGCUUUUUCAGGAUCUGUGUCAGUUAGUUAAUGCUGAUGCUCCCUACUGGCUCGUUGGUAUGACAGAAAUGACCCGAACAUUUGGACUUGAACUUCUUGAGUCAGUCCUCAAUGACUUUCCACAAGUAUUUUUACAACAUCAGGAGUUUAGUUUUCUUCUUAAAGAAAGGGUAUGCCCUCUUGUUAUAAAGCUUUUCUCCCCAAAUAUCAAAUUCAGGCAAGGUUCCAGCACAUCAUCUUCCCCAGCACCAGUGGAAAAACCAUACUUCCCCAUCUGUAUGCGUUUGCUGAGAGUAGUUUCUGUUUUGAUUAAACAGUUUUACAGUUUGCUGGUAACAGAAUGUGAAAUCUUUCUGUCAUUGCUGGUUAAGUUUCUGGAUGCAGACAAGCCACAGUGGCUAAGAGCUGUUGCAGUAGAAUCUAUUCACAGACUUUGUGUGCAGCCUCAGCUAUUAAGGUCCUUUUGCCAGUCAUAUGAUAUGAAGCAACAUUCCACUAAAGUUUUCCGUGAUAUUGUGAAUGCACUGGGGUCCUUCAUCCAGUCACUGUUUCUUGUACCAAGCACAGGAAACGCAUCAGCAACACCAAACCAAACUGGAAGCAAUGCAUCAGGGAAUACUGGCUCAGCACAAACUACUCCAGGAGUGCUUGGAAUGGGAGGGGGUGCAACUGUGUUACCUGCCUUUGAGUACAGAGGCACUUGGAUACCCAUCCUGAAUGUAACAGUACAAGGCAGUGCUAAAGCUACCUAUUUGGAAAUGCUGGACAAAGUAGAGCCACCUACAAUCACUGAAGGCUAUGCCAUGUCAGUGGCAUUUCACUGUUUACUGGAUCUUGUCCGUGGUAUCACUACCAUGAUUGAAGGAGAGUUGGGAGAUGCAGAAACAAUCAGUCAAACUGCAGCAGAGACUACAUCGUUACCAGCACAGUCAUCAGAGCAGCGAGAUUCACAGUCUGUAUCUGACCAGUCAGAGAAAGAACUAGUUAGCAGAGCCGUCUGGGAAGAAAUGGUGAAUGCUUGUUGGUGUGGUCUUCUGGCUGCUUUAUCACUCCUACUGGAUGCAAGCACUGAUGAACCUGCUACUGAAAAUAUUCUAAAAGCAGAAUUGACCAUGGCUGCACUUUGUGGAAGACUGGGUCUUGUAACAUCAAGAGAUGCCUUUAUCACUGCCAUUUGCAAAGGGUCCUUGCCUCCCCACUAUGCCCUUACUGUAUUUAACAGCACAACUGCAGCUUUGUCCAGCAAAG